AAGCGUUGUGUGUCGCUGAAGCAACAUCCAGUGCCAGGUCUGACUGAAGCUAGCUGGUUAGCAUAGCUGACCUAUGUAUGCUUUGUAUGCAUUAUGAGCGUUAGCCUAAAGGGUAACAGCAGUAAUCUGGUCUGAUUACAGGCUAUUUAUAAAUCUCUCCCCUCGACCCCAAACUAACCUCGCUGACCACUAGCAGCAGGAUCUGAACCAUUUUUCCCUUUUCACACACACACACACACACACACACACACACACACACACACACACACACACACACACACACACACACACACACACACACACACACACACACACACACACACACACACAGUUUCUAUAUUGAUCGAAAAUGGAGGCUCUGGAAACACCUUUAACUCUGUUUCUCUGUUUCAAACUGUGAAAUAGGGAGGUCUUUUAGGAGAGGAGAAGGGGGAGGUGUGAGUGGAAGAGGAGGAGAGGGGUGGAAAGAGAAAGAGGGAAAGGUGAGUUCUGGAGGAGUAGAGGAUUAGAAGAAGGCCUUCAGGUCCCCAUGCUAGUGCGGUGAGGUGAGGGAGCAGGGGGAUGGCAGGAGGAGUAAGAGGCUGCAUCAUGCAGUCCACCCCUUGCAGCACUAGAACCUCCUCCUCUGCCCUUCUGAUCCAGUGGAACAACGAGGUGAUGAUCUACCAGCCAACCGUGACCCUGCCUCCACGAGCCUACGGAAUGAGACAUGUUUUGAUGCAGGUUAUGAGAGUUCGGACUUCGGAUGAACACAUAUAAACCGUCUCUCAACUCCUCUGGCCCCCCUCUUCUUACCUCUCCUCUCCUCCCUUCCCAUCACCCACCAUCACCGCCUUCUCUUCACAGGAGAUGGACACAGCAGAUCUGACUGGACAGAGCACAUCUCCUCCUCCCCUCCUCCUAUGGGAUUGCGCUGGUGUGGGGGGUGGAGGACAAAGUUCCUCUCCUCUCCGCCUCCACCCCUCCUACUAUAGAGUUGUGCUGGUGUGUAGGACAGAGUUAACAGACAGGAUUACAGCCAGAGGACGGCAGAGGCAGUGAAGGAGAAAAUAAAGGAUUUUCUCAGAGGAGGGAAAGCCAAGGAAAGAUUGACCAAACAGAACUCUGGGAGAAUGAACAUGGAACCUUUGAGCUGAACUGAAGCAGAGUGAUUUCGACCUUAGCAAGUCAGCGUUUGGACAGGUAUAACGGUAAGUACUCUUCCUCCUUCCUGUAAACAUUGUCAUAUAAACCCUGAGUGGACAUAUUUAUCGUUGGAUAACUAAUCCACCACUUAAGUUUCAUCAAACUAUGAAGAGGUUUCCUGGUUAGAUCUUGUUUGUACAAAUCGAAAUUAGAAAGUGAUAGAACAAACAACUUGUUGUCGUUGGUUAUUUAAUAAUAAGAUAAUCAUUUAGCGAUAUUGGAGAGGAAAUGGGUGUCUCAUAGCAACAGAAGGAGUUCUGUAGUUGGUUUGGAUAAGUAAGGUAAACAUUCACAAACAUCAUCAGCUUCCAAUCACAGUUAUUAUGCCAAGAAAUACUGCGUCACAUAGACAGAUGCUUGUCAUGUACAAGCUUAUUAUAUGCACACUCCUGCAUGGUAAUGCCUACGGAUGAACGGGUCUAUAAGAUAUCUGACAGAGGUCGGACAGAGGUCUUCUAAAGGCCGUCUUUCAUACGGUUCAACCAUCAAUACCUCAAAUUGAUCAAUGCAACCAUCACUACCUCAACUUUAUCAAUACAAUACAACCAUCACUACCUGAACCAGACAACCAGAUGUCCAGGCGUGACCUGCAAACAUGGAUGAACGGGUUUCUAAUGGGAGGAGGUUGAAACUGGUUUAGUUUGGAGUGGUUUGUAAUUGGUUUAAAUGGGGUGUCUUAUUGGUGGAGUUGUGUGUGUGUGUGAAUGAGUGUAUGGAAGAUUGUUCAAAUUAGUGUAUGUAUGCGUGUGAAUGUGAGGUUCAAAGUAGGGGUUAUUAAAAGUGAUUUAAAAUGUUUUUUAUUAUAUAGAACAAUAAAACAAACAAACCCACCUGGAUCCAUCCAUCCAUCCAUUAUCUGUCCAUCCACCUUCAAUAUACCAUCCAUCCAUCCAUUCAACUCUCUAUCACUGAAUCAUCUCUAUUCUCUACAUAAAUGUAUCUUUCCAUCCAUCCAUCUCCAGCCACCCCUCUCUCUAUCUCUUGCUCCCUCUCUCUAGAGAGGGAGGUCAUUAAGGAGCAGGUAGGGGUUAGACAGUACAGAGACUGUUUAUUAAGGAGCAGUUAAGGGUUAGACAGUACAGAGACAGGUCAUUAAGAAGCAGGUAUGGGUUGGACAGCACAGAGACAGGUCAUUAAGGAGCAGGUAGGGGUUAGACAGUAGAGACAGGUCAUUAAGGAGCAGGUAGGGGUUAGACAGUAGAGACAGGUCAUUAAGGAGCAGGUAGGGGUUAGACAGUAGAGAGACAAGUCAUUAAGGAGCAGGUAGGGGUUAGACAGUAGAGAGACACGUCAUUAAGAAGCAGGUAUGGGUUGGACAGCACAGAGACAGGUCAUUAAGGAGCAGGUAGGGGUUAGGGGUCAUCUUGCUCUAGGAUGCUUUCUGGUGGAGUGAGUAGAAUGGGGAUCACACCCAGAACCUUUUGGUUUGGUCCAGCUUUGUGACAAUUGGUCUGCUGCGUGCUGCUGUAUACAAGAAGGGGAUGGAUGGUUUCAAUUAUUCUUCCAGUAGGAAGCUUGUUUCAGUGUCUGUCUGUCUGUGUGUCUUGCUGUCUGUCCGACUGCCGGGACAUUGGAGCAGCUGGUCUGUGGUGCUAGGGGGCUGACCAGGGCCACCGGGGCCCCUGUGUCCAGAGCGUGGUGCCUGGGAGCCACUGCCAGGGGUGAUGGGAACAAGACGAUCCAGCAGGUUCAGCCUGGCGUCCGUCGUCCUCCAAGAAGACGAGCACCGUAAGGUCUCCAGCCAGGGUCUCCUGAACGGCCACGACUCCCCGCCGCGCUCCUCCACCACCUCCUCCUUGGCCACCGGCGGGAGGGAGGAGGAGCAGCAGCGGGGAGGGAUGAGCGGCUCCAGCGUCCGGGGGGGCCCGACGCGGGGCCCCUCCGGACCGCCGCGGAGCCGCUUCGUGAAGAAGAGCGGCCACUGCAACGUGGCGUUCAGCAACCUGGAGGACCGGAGCCAGCGCUACCUGGCCGACCUCUUCACCACCUGCGUGGACGUCCGCUGGCGCCACCUGCUGCUGCUCUUCUGCGUCAGCUUCCUGCUCUCCUGGCUCUUCUUCGGGCUCGUCUUCUACCUGGUGUCCCUGGCCCACGGGGACUUCCAGGACCCGUCUGACGUGUCGCCGGCGGGAGCGACCCAGGGCCCGGGGGGCCGGAGGGAGCGCACGCCGUGCCUCCUCCACGUGCACGGCCUCCUGGGCGCGCUCCUGUUCUCCAUGGAGACCCAGACCACCAUCGGCUACGGCUGGCGCUGCGUGACGGAGGAGUGCCCGGUGGCCGUGGCGACGGUGGUGGUGCAGUCGGUCGUGGGCUGCAUCCUCGACUCCUUCAUGAUCGGCACCAUCAUGGCCAAGAUGGCGCGGCCCAAGAAGCGGAACCAGACGCUGAUGUUCUCGCGGAACGCCGUGAUCGCGCUGCGCGACGGCCGGCUCUGCCUCAUGUGGCGGGUGGGGAACCUGCGGCACUCGCACAUCGUGGAGGCCCACGUGCGCGCCCAGCUCCUCCGGCCCUACGUCACGGAGGAGGGCGAGUUCGUCCCCCUGGAGCAGAUGGACCUCAACGUGGGCUACGACGACGGCACCGACCGCAUCUUCCUCGUGUCGCCGCUCGUCAUCGUCCACGAGAUCGACAAGGACAGCCCGCUGUACUCGCUGAGCCGGGCCGACCUGGAGGCGGAGCACUUUGAGAUCGUGGUCAUCCUCGAGGGCAUGGUGGAGGCUACGGCCAUGUCCACCCAGUUCCGCAGCUCCUACCUGGCCCGCGAGGUCUUCUGGGGCCACCGCUUCGAGCCCGUGAUCUGCGAGGACCGCGACCGCUACAGGGUGGACUACGCGCGCUUCCACCAGACCUACGAGGUGCCGUCCACGCCGCACCUCAGCGCCAAGGAGCUGGACGAGGCCGCCAGCCGGCCCCCCUCCGCCAGGACGACGCGACCGCCACCGUCGGCCAAGGAGGCGCCGAGCUCGUUCUGCUACGACAACGAGGUGGCGCUGAUCUGCGGCGAGGACGACGACGAAGACGAUGACGACGACGAGAACGACAUCUUUGACUUGCGCCGGACACUGUCGUCGCCGGGGGGGAGGCGGGAGGAGAGGAGGACCUCGGUGACCGUGGACCUCCCGAAGGCGGGACAGGACUCGGCUGCCUUGACAACGGGCCGCCAGAGCUUGAUGUGCGUGCUGGACAUGGACAACCACCAGAGGGAGUUCGAUAUGCUGCAGACGGCAAUUCCGCUCGAUCCGCAGUCCUACAAGAGCGAGCAGGAGAUGUAGAGGUCUGAGGGACACUGGACGGGGAAGACUGCUCGGGGGUUGUUCUCAGCCUUGCUUCUGUUGGUUGAUGUUUGGGGUUGGAGAGUGGGACAUAUCUAUUUUACUGUAUGGUGGAGAAACUAGAAAACGGAUUGAUUAUUAAACCACGAUGAGCCGUAUUGAGGCAGUGGUCAUUCAAGAAAUGAAAUUUUGCUGAGAAGUGAACUUGAUUCCGACUGAAUAGUCAUUCUCCAUCACAUAAAAACCUCAUGACAACAACAUUAAGACAAGAUACACAUGACGGUUGUCUGACUAAUGCUCAAAUGCUCCUCUAUUUCCAAGUCCCUGAGAGGCCAAAAUGUGAGGACUGAAAACCGUUGUUCUUGAACUUGAAUGUGUGAUGAUUCUGUGUUUGUGUGUGUGUGUGUGUGUGUGUGUGUGUGUGUGUGUGUGUGUGUGUGUGUGUGUGUGUGUGUGUGUGUGUGUGUGUGUGUGUGUGUGUGUCUCUUCUUCAAAUUGCUAUUAUAUUAAUAUUUUAGUUUUCUUGAGGGUUACAAAUAUUCAGGUAGUACAAAUUGCUAAACAUCCACAUUAAGCACAACAAUAACUUGAUGUUGAUCAUAUCAUGAGAGCACAGUCACUUUGCUAUCAUGACAGAUGCUACUGUUAUGGUUUAGUAUUGAUUUUUGAUAUAGCAUACUACUGUAAGUGCUCACUAAUGUCCCUGCUUAUGCACAAAGCCCGGGUUGAGAAGCCUAUUUCUGACCAAAUGCUUAAAAUAAAAAAUUACAAAGCACUUUAAUUGUUAUUGUUAAUAAAUAUUUACACAAAUUAACACCCUAUAGAAAAAAAAUGUUAGGUGACGGCGAUGGAGUUUUCAGACCUCUAGUGCCCUCUAUUGGUGGUGAGGAUUAACUGCUUAUUUGUGUUGGUUGGAGAAAAUCAGGAAAUACACUUCACACAGCAGCUGUGUACAGCAGCUGGACAGACGGCUUUUAACCAGAAGACAGGGGUUGUUUUUGUUAUUUGAUUUGCUUCAGUGCCGCGAGCACGAGCCUAUGGCCCAUUUCCCCAGGACAGCUCACUUUAGUUACCCAUUAAUAGAAUAGACAAUAUGUGAUGUUAAUAGAAUGGAUUGAUCAGAAGUAUCGCGAUGUUAACUUUGGGGUCAGAACUACAGACAGCAAAAAUAGGUCAGGGCCGACUAUCAUCAAAUUGUUUUGGCUGAAGUCACACACAAAGUAUCAAUCAG